AUGAUCGCGGUAAUCGGCAGCCAGCUGCGCCGGGACUGCGGCGGCCAACUGCGUCGCGGCCUACGUAGUGCGCUGGCUUCCUCUGGCAAUCAACGCCAGCAGUGUCGGCAGCUUUCUACGUCAACGGCCUUACGGGCAGCGGCGGCUGGUGGCAAUAGCGGCAAUAGCGGGCCUGAGGAGAGACGCGAACACGAAAUGCAAUACAUGACCUCCGAGCACAGCACCGCGAGCGCCUGGGACACAGCCCAACCCAAGCUAGGCACCUGGCCCAACAUCGAGCCCGGUGUUGGACGUCCCGACGUGGUGCAGCCCCCCGAACCGUCCGUGUUUGUCAAGAUCCGUAAGCUGCAGCUUUCGUUCCUGCCCGUCCUUCAGCGCGUGGCCCGCGCCCCUCGCCCUUUAAUAAAACCAUACUUAUCCCAGUUUUCGUGA